CAUAGUUCACAAACAAUGGCCAGCCCUGUGGAGCGGUGGGGGCCGGAAGCCGGGGCCAGGAGUCCAAGCCCCCACAGGCAGUGUGUCCGGCAAGACUUCCUGGAGGAGGCUUCUAAGCUGAGACCUGGGGACACUGUCAGGUCCAGGGCCAGUGUGGCUGAUGCCAGAGGGCACAGCUGGACCAGGUGGGGUGAGCUGGGAUGCAGAUGUGAGGGACAUGUGGGCCCGGCAUUGGAGGCCGCCAGAGUUAAUCAUUUCCAGGUGGCCUUGACCCCCGCCUGCCCUGGUUGCUCUGUUUCUGCCUCCCGCUGCCCCUCACGCCAGCCCAGGAGGAGCCAUGGGGCGCUGGGCCUGGGGUCCCAGCCUUUGCGCCCCGCCGGGAAUGGCCCUGCUGCUGCUGCUGCUGCUGGUGCCUCAAGGGGCUCAGCCCCUGGCUGGCAGGUGCUCACAGAGGACGGGCGGCCCUGCAGGCUCCCCUUCCGCUAUGGCGGCCGCAUGUUCCACUCCUGCACUUCGGAGGGAAGCGCCCACAGGAAGUGGUGUGCCACCACUCACAACUAUGACCGUGACAGGGCCUGGGGCUAUUGUGCACAGGUCUCUGUGCCCAGGGAGGGUCCAGCUGCCCCGGAUCCCUGCGCCUCCAGCCCGUGCCUCAACGGGGGCUCGUGCUCCAACACGCAGGACCCCGAGUCCUACCACUGCACCUGCCCCACGGCUUUCACAGGCAAGGACUGUGGCACAGAAAAAUGCUUCGACGAGACGCGCUACGAGCACCUGGAGGUGGGUGACCGCUGGGCCCGAGUGAGCCAGGGCCAAGUGGAGCAGUGUGAGUGUGCCGGGGGCCAGAUCCGCUGCGAGGGCGCCCGCCACACAGCUUGCCUGAGCAGCCCGUGCCUGAACGGGGGCACCUGCCACCUCAUCGUGGCCACUGGGACCACCGUAUGCUCCUGCCCGCCGGGCCACGCUGGGCGGCUCUGCAACGUUGUACCCGCCCAGCGCUGCUUCGUGGGGAACGGCACCGACUAUCGGGGCGUGGCCAGCACGGCGGCCUCGGGGCUCAGCUGCCUGGCCUGGAACUCGGACCUGCUCUACCAGGAGCUGCACGUGGACUCCGUGGGCGCCGCGGCCCUGCUCGGCCUGGGCCCCCACGCCUACUGCCGGAACCCAGACAAGGACGAGAGGCCCUGGUGCUACGUGGUGAAGGACAGCGCGCUCUCCUGGGAGUACUGCCGCCUGGUGGCCUGUGAAUCCCUUGCCAGAAUCCCGCCCCUGCCCGCUGAGGUCCUGCUGAGCCGGGCUGAGCCUGCCCCAGUGGGACGCCAGGCCUGUGGCAAGAGGCACAAGAAAAGGAGCUUCCUCCGGCCACGCAUCAUCGGCGGCUCGUCUUCCCUGCCCGGCUCCCACCCCUGGCUGGCCGCCAUCUACAUCGGGAACAACUUCUGUGCGGGGAGUCUUGUCCACACCUGCUGGGUGGUGUCCGCGGCCCACUGCUUCUCCAACAGCCCCCGCAGGGAAAGUGUCUUAGUGGUCCUAGGCCAACACUUCUUCAACCAAACAACGGACGUAACACAGACGUUUGGCAUCGAGAAAUACAUCCCGUACCCCAUGUACUCAGUGUUCAACCCCAGUGACCAUGACCUGGUCUUGAUCCGGCUGAAGAAGAAGGGGGACCGCUGUGCCGUCCGCUCCCAGUUCGUCCAGCCUAUCUGCCUGCCUGAGCCCAGCAGCCCCUUCCCAGCUGGACACAAGUGCCAGAUUGCGGGCUGGGGCCACCAGGAUGAGAAUGUGAGUGGCUACUCCAGCUCCCUGCGGGAGGCGCUGGUCCCCCUGGUCGCAGACCACAAGUGCAGCAGCCCAGAGGUGUAUGGGGCCGACAUCAGCCCCAACAUGCUGUGUGCCGGCUACUUUGACUGCAAGUCUGACGCCUGCCAGGGGGACUCGGGCGGGCCCCUGGCCUGUGAGAAGAAUGGCGUGGCCUACCUGUAUGGCAUCAUCAGCUGGGGCGAUGGCUGUGGGAGGCUUAAUAAACCCGGUGUCUAUACCCGGGUGGCCAAGUACGUGGACUGGAUCAAAGACCGGAUAUGGCCCCCUAAGCGGCCUGUGGAUUCCUCCUGAGACAGCCCCCACCUCUGGGUUGGGCAUCCUGCCUCUGCACGGUUCCCAGACUCGGUUCCCAGACUCGUAACAAUAAAGAUGCUUCCAGGAACCCA